GAGCAUUAUGAGCAACACUUCUAGAGUUUUUGUCUGGACGCAUGAAACAUUGAUGGAUUUCUCACCGGAAUGUUUGGCCCAGUGCGUACUGUUGUUGGGACAGCUUGACAACACCGCCCUAUCAAGAUUCCUUUGAUGUCUUUACAAUGUUUGUCCAGUUGCUUAGCGCAUGGUGCUGCUUCAUAAAAGUUUCAGACACUGGACAACCAUGGGGGCGGUCAGAGGCGCUGCCCUUCCUACCUCUAGUCACACCAAAACCGAUAUUGCGACUCUCUCUCUCUAUCUCUUUGUGUAGUGAGUUGACUCCGCACGCAUUGGAAGUCAGCGUAGAUAUAGCCAGAUUUUUUUGUUGUUGCAGUUUUCUGUUUUAGUCUAACGGUUUUGCGAUUUUUAUCACAGAUGUUAUUUUUGUCCUCUUAUUCGAGGCUACUUGUUGAAUCAAUGUACAGCGCAGAGGGAGAUCUUUUUGUUGGACAAUGGUUUAUUCAUCUGAAAUUUGAGAACCGUUUCUCUUGCGUGGCGAGCGACAAAUUGGCACUUGUACCCAGAUUGGUUACGCACAAACUGGAUGGCUGCAUUUGAACAAAAUGGACGUAUUUUCCUGAGGGGCUGCACGGAAGUUAUGGAACUUGUUGAUGGAUGACUUUCAUGAAAGUUCCUUUUAAAAUGAAUAUAUCUUCCCUCAGCUGUCGAGGGGUUGGGGGUGGAAAGAACGUGGACACAAACCAGCCAAAAGCACUUAUAUGCCCAAAAGGACUCUUAUCAGGACGCGCUGGUUGGUCCUCUCUUGUGUUUUUGGUUUGCCUCUGCGUCUUCCCACAACAGACGUGGAGUGCAAGUCUAGCUGGUUCCAAAGUGGAACAUCCAGGAGUUUGUCCCAACAAGCUGAAUGCUAACCUUUGGGUUGAUGCACAAAGCACCUGCGAACGGGAAUGUGAAGUUGACGAGGACUGUGCUGGCUUUGAGAAAUGCUGCACCAAUGUGUGUGGACUCUUCAGCUGUGUGGCCGCCCGUUUCUCUGAUGGCACCCCUGCUCAGCCGGAUGGCCAGGGCGGAGGAGAGAAGGGCCCCGGGGGCCAGGGCUCCAUCGCCACCUGCCAGGGCUUCAUCUGCAGCCAACAGGGGGCCACCUGCGACAUCUGGGAGGACCAGCCCAUCUGCAAGUGCCAGGACCACUGCGAGAAGGAUCCCAGCUUCACCUGUGCCUCCGACGGACUCACCUACUUCAACAAGUGUUACAUGGAUGCUGAGGCGUGUACACAGGGUGUGACACUAACUGUGGUGACCUGCCGGUUUCAUCUAUCUGGGCCUCAAACAAGUCCACUCCCCCAGGACACAACAGCCAAUCCGACGCUGACGUCCUUCCUGGAAGACCCCAUUCCCCCAACGCUCUUCUCCAACCCCAGCCACCAGUCGGUCUACAUAGGCGGCACGGUGAGUUUCCACUGCGAUGUAAUGGGUGUCCCGCGGCCCGUCGUGACCUGGGAGAAGCAGAGCGAGCGCCACGAGAGCCUGGUAAUGCGGCCCGACCGGAUGUACGGCAACGUGGUCAUCACCAACAUUGGCCAGCUAGUCGUCUACAACGCCCAGGUGUGGGACACAGGCAUCUACACUUGCGUCGCCCGAAAUGCAGCUGGUGUCCUCCGUGCCGACUACCCUCUCUCUGUCAUCCGUCGGACCGAGGACGACAUCUUCUCAGAGGACCCCGAGAUGGCGGGAAUGCCCAUGGGGCCCCCGUUUUCGCCCACCGACUGCCUGGCGGAGCUGGACCGGCGGGAGUGCUCUGCCGAGCGCUACGUUGACUGGUACUACGACGCCGAGCAAGGUACCUGCCUGGCCUUCUCCAACGGGGGCUGCGAUGACAGCCGCAACCGCUUCGAAACCUACGAAGAGUGCCAGGCAUCCUGCCAGAGGGAGGGGAUGGGGAUCUGUUCCUUACCUGCGGUCCAGGGCCCCUGCAAGAGCUGGGAGGCCCACUGGGCCUGGAACUCCCUCUUGAAACAAUGCCAGGCCUUUGCUUAUGGCGGUUGCCAGGGCAACAGCAAUCGCUUUCGAUCCAAGAAGGAGUGCGAGGCAAACUGUCCGCAGUCCAAACGACGAGUCUGCAAAACAUGCCGGGUCAAAGGUAAAAUCGUCCCGAGCCUGUGUCGGAGCGAUUUUGCCAUUGUCGGUCGAUUGACGGAACUGAUCGAGGACCUCGAUUCUGGGAUCGCCCGGUUCAGUCUAGAGAAGAUCCUCCGCGACGAGAAGAUGGGCUUGGCAUUCUUUAACACCCGCCACCUGGAGGUGACCCUGGCUAAGAUGGACUGGAGCUGCCCCUGCCCCAACAUCACCAUGGAGGAGGGCCCCCUAUUGGUCAUGGGGGAUGUACAGGACGGCAUGGCCGUGAUACAUCCCGACAGCUACGUCAGACCCAUCUCCGAUAAGAGGCUGAAGAGGAUUCAUGAAGUCUUGGAGAAGAGGACCUGUGAGAUGCUGCAGAGGUUCCGGGACUAGGGGCUCUAUUCGAUUCGUAUCUCGGAAGUUCAGCGUUGCAGUGCGAUUUAAAGGCAAUUAUCCCGCAUUAGAGGAGACUGCAUUCACGGUAAACACUGCAAAUGUCGGCUCAAUAGGAAAUUACCUUCACAUUUCUAUCACGCAAUCUAAUGCUUCAGCAAGACAGAUUGAAUAGAGCCCUAGAACUGAUCACCCCAACUUGGGCUGUCAUAGCAAGGCUAAUAUACAAUGGCAUAGCCCUACAAUGACAUUUUCUGAAAUGGAACGCACCCUACAGGUUGUGAGUAACUCUUCGGUGGAGUUUGUGCCAUGAUGUCCUGUAUCAAAUUACAGUGCAUUUCUUUCUGACACUGUUUUCAUUGUCCAGAAAAAUCAAGCACUGACUUUUCAAACAAUGCCAAUGUUGUACAUAACACAAUCACAUUGAGAUGUGUAAAUA